AUGUCUGAUACACAGCUUCAAAACAUUGUAAGUACUUUUGGUGUCUCCAUGAUGUUUUUAAUCGUCUUUUACCAUUACCUUUCGCGUUCGCAAAAGUAA